CCCCCUCCAAUGUCACAUUCAGUACAUACACCUACUGUCAUGGCUCCUACGGCUGCCAGUAAUUUGCCGCUAACCUACACCCCUGAACCUGUCAGUUCUGCGAAGCGGAAGUUCGACCAACCUAAAUGAAGAGCUGCAGAUCUACAGUCAUUCAAGAAAAAGGCGACGAUAUUCUCGAGAGCAAAGUGGGGUGCUCGAUGCAUUGUACAAGACUGCGAAAUGGAUCCCACGUGGAAUUAGUCCCUUUGUCAAUAUUCUAACUGCCUUCCAAAUCGGUCUGCAUGCUGAGGGACAAUCCGACGCUGAUACAAGCGAAGUUGGAGCGGGAAAUGGGCCAGAGUCGAUGACUGAACAAGAAGAGAAUAUGCAACUGUCGCCAGCAGAGCGAUCCGAGUUCAUACGUGUCUACAAUGCGAUAUUAAACUAUACUCCUAGCCUGCGAGAAUUAAUCUCGGAGUUUCAGAGCGAGCCAGCAAGUCUGGGUGACCUCUGUGCACUUCUUGACGAGCACUCGCGAAAGGCACGCACACAGGACUGUGGAGACCUACGCUACUCCGGAGUAAGGUAUAUCACCCCCGACCCAGCGCGACAACCUAUCUUUCCUGUGAUUGACGGGAGGCAGCAGUCGAAGAGUGAGCGGGGCUUCCAGCACCAGCAAUGUUCCCGUCUUCUAGUUCCUCAACGUCACCUUGCUGACUUCGAUGCCGAUCCCGAAGGCUAUCUCAGGAAAAUAAUUGAGGGCAGGGUGAAGAUACGAGCGUCCAUGCUGCCGAGUUUUGUUUAUGAUGAGAAGAGCUACGACCCGCACAACAUUCUCAAAGGCCUGUUUCGAGGCUUCUUUCUGGUGCGCGUAUUCCGACACAUAUUCACGGGCCCUCGCACGGCACUCAAAGUCACUGACGGGCCCAUUGCCGGGAAGCCCUGGAAUGCGCAGAUCCUUGGAAUGCUUAGUGUAACAAAAUAUUCUUCUCAUGAACAUAAAGGCUCGUCAGCUUUUGAACUCCCAGGAGGAAUGGUCGGUUGAAGAUGCACACUUCAACGCGGAACAUUUCUUCUACACGAUUUUGGCCAUCUUCGAUGACGCAGCCCACUCCACAUGGUACGAGGAAACCAUUGACUGGUGGAACAGACGAGUUUUUGGCAACUCCUACACUGGAUCUGAUCGCUUGACACACGACGAUGAUUCGGAUGACGAGGAGUCAGAUCUCUCGCUUCUCAAGGCUCAGCACGCCGCACGUCAGGCAGUUCAAUAAUGUGGACGUGCGCCACUCCAUUGUCAUCGACGCAGCCUUUUCGUGCACCUGGUCAGGCCACCAUUCAUUUGCGACUAUAUGCUUCUCGUGCCAUUUGAUUUAUUAUGCAGAAUAGACAAUAAACUGUAAUUUUAU